GAUGGGCCGAGCUCGCCGAGCCUCACAAAACCCUCGACGCUGUUCUUCAUCCCUGAGCCGUCGACCUCCUCCCCCUGGUCGACACCGCCGCCGCCGCCGCCAGACCUCCCCUUCCUUGUCCUUGAUGCCACCGCCGCUUGCUGCUUCUCCACGAGAUCGACGCAUCCUGCGGCGGUGGAUUUCCCUGCUCCCUAUUUGAGAUCAACGCUUCUUGAAGCCGCCGUGACCGCCGGAGCCUCCUUCUUCUCCUCAUAUGCUGCCCGAAGUUGCCGAUUCCCAGUCCGAUUCGUCCACAUUGACAGGGAUGGGGAGAUAACCAAGGGAGGUAGAGGAAUUGGUUGUGGCGGGGGAUGGGGCGAGAGAAGGGCGAGGAGGAGGAAGAUGAGGGGAGGAGAGGAGGUAACGAACGUGGGUGUGGUGGUGAUGCUGGUGGGCACCAGUUCUUGGAUCGAAGCAAAGUUAGGAUUCUGCUCUGUGAUAAUGAUCCCAAGAGUUCGCAAGAGGUUCUUCAGCUCCUCUACAAGUGCUCCUACCAAGUAACCUCUGUGAAAUCUGCCAAGCGGGUGAUUGAUGUGCUUAAUGCCCAAGGGUCAGAAAUCGACAUCAUUCUUGCAGAAGUUGAGCUUCCGAUGGCCAAAGGUUUGAAGAUGAUGAAGUAUAUAGCAAGGAAUAAGGAGUUGAGGCACAUUCCUAUAAUAAUGAUGUCUGCUCAAGAUGAGGUUUCGAUUGUUGUGAAGUGUUUGCAACUUGGAGCAGCUGAUUAUCUUGUGAAACCAUUGCGCAUGAAUGAAUUGUUGAAUCUUUGGACCCACAUGUGGAGAAGAAGGCGCAUGCUUGGUUUGACAGAGAAGGAUGUCUUCAGCCAUGAUUUAGAAAUAUCAUUGUCAGAUCCUAGCGAUGUCAACACAAGUAGUACAAUUCUUAUCUCGGAUAACACUGAUGACCAACUCGAUGUGGUUGCGAAUCCAGAAUUAAACAUGUCAAAUCAUCCAGAAUGUGAGUCUAAUGUCUCUCCUGUAGGGCCUGCCUGCAAUAAUGAUUUGGAUGAUGCACAAUAUAUUCCAAGGAAUAAUGAUCGUGCAGUAAUUGCAAGUGGAAUAGUCUCAUUACCAAAGAAGAUUGAGUUCAAGGUUGGCAGAUCUUCUGCGUUUUUGACAUAUGUUAACUCAAAUGCACCAAGCAAAAUCCCACAUCUUGCUAUCGACACAAAUUCUGCUCCAUCAAAAUCCUUGAAUUAUGAAGGAAGCCCUCUUGCAGGAGGCAAUAUGGAGGGAUACAACAACAAAUUGGUGCAGGAAAACUACACUAGUGGAAAUGUCUCUGUGACCAGAGAGAAUAUAUGCAAUACGAAGGACUUCGAAACACUACCAGAGUGUCCUGUACCAUAUCCAUCUUCUUCCACUGAGCAGAAUGAGGGUACUGAUGUUUCUGGUGUUCCACCUGUCUUCUCUUUUCCAUUUUAUUACCCAGGGGUGAUGAAUCAGAAUAUAAUGUCUUCACCUGGGCAGACGUUUCAAGGUAGCUUGAAUGAUGUGCAAGCACACCCUGCACCAGCAAUGGUACCUCAGUAUGCUGUUGUUCCAUACAUGCCUCUGAUGCCAUCAUUCCCAUGCCAGCCAUUGGGCACAAAUCCGCAAUCAAGUCAUAUGGCUGCACCAAGUAUGUGGUCUUCGAUGACCAGCUCAUCCACACCUGAAGUGAAAUCUGGUCGAACAGAAAGAAGGGCGGCGGCACUAGUCAAGUUCAGGCAGAAAAGAAAGGAAAGAUGUUUUGAUAAGAAAAUUAGGUAUGCAAAAAGGAAGCGCCUUGCAGAGAAAAGGCCAAGAGUUCGAGGGCAGUUUGUGAAGCAAGUGGACAAUGUAGAUCUUAGUCACGAUAUUUCUAGUGGUGAUGGUGAUUCUGAGGACGAUGAAGCUGAUGAACCCACAUCCAGGGAACUUGAACUUAUUUCUUCUCCAGAACAGAAUGCUUCCUAUUGAUAGAGUGAAGCUAGCAAUCGUACCAUGGACUGCUGGUGCUUACGAUAUAGGGCAACAGUCUGCAUUCAGGCUGCACAUUGAUCAUAGACUACUGGUGCUUACGAUAUACUAUAGGGUAACAGUCUGCAUUCGGACGCCACAUUGAUCAUGAACCGUGUGCUGCGGCGGCAAAUAUGUUCAAAAAAUUUAUCACAGAAGAAAUUUGUGAUGUUGAUAACUCGAGGCAUCGAAGGCAUUGAGGCAGUGUUGUUGAUUAAUCUUUUUGCAUAGAAACAAGAAAUCAUUGGUUGGAAAUUAUGUUUGAUAGAAGUAGGUGUUUCUCAUAUUACAAUCCACCAUGUUCAAAAGCUGUAAUACUAAUAUAUAUGAAAGUUUAUUGUGCAUUCUUGAACACCAUGAUGCAUUUAUAUAUAUUUAAUUCCUUAAA